AUGCAUAACUCGCCGAAUACGACAGACAACAUGGAUGCUGAACUUGCCAGGAAGAGACAUCGAAAUCGAUUUGCACAGCAGAAAUACCGGAGGAAACUGAAAUCACAUAUUGAAGAGUUGGAAAAAAGAGCAGCGGUGGCAGAUCAACUGCUCAAGGCUAAUAAUGUUCAUGCCAACGUGCUCUCUAACAAUGAACCAUUGCCAUUUGGUCGCUACUCAGCUCAGCUUGGGGAGCAUGGUGCAGCGCACCAAAUUGAACCAGUAUUGAAUGACAACAGAAUUAGUACUUCUUCGCCAAGCCGGGGCAUAGCGGACUCUCUGCAAAAUGAGUUAUCGGACAUACAGAAUGGUCACUACGGAAUCCCAAAGGACGCAACGCUCAUGGCAUCAAAACCAGCCAGCACCAUGUCCGAAGAGGCCAAUUUCUUCAAAGCAUUUACCAUCUCAGAGGAUCAGCUGUGGCCCAAGAAUUUCCAGUUGCAUGACGCUGGAAACCUUGAACUUCAACCAGAGAAUAUUGAUGUGACUGAAACAGAGACGGCGAAUCCAACCGCAAGACAUGGAAGCACUGACACUGUGAAGGUUCCCAGCCUCGUGCCUUCGAAGGCGAGUCCGCCGAGCGUCAUUCCAAGAUCGCCACACCAGCCAAUAGCACUCGAUUCGUCGAGUUUGGAGUCCCGUGUGGAGUUUGUGAUACAAUCUUUGAAGAAGGCCGGAUUCGAAAGUCCUGAUUCGUUUGUUUCUUCUUAUUAUACUAGCGUAUUCAGGGAUAAGUCUGCCGCUAAAGUAGCCCAAGAGUUCAGCCGCUCCAAGGGCCUGCCGCAAUUGCUAGAAGACCUGAGGAAUAAGGUGGGAUCAUGGUCGACUUGGGAGUCCAGUGGGUACAAAGACACAAUUGUCCGGCUGGCCGCGUCGAUGAUUGCAGACGAGUUCGACCGUCUCAACCGGAAGAAAUACAGCUGCGAAGUCGAGCUGCAGCAGCAUUUCUCUCGCCUGCACCAAGCGUCCACAGACGUGAACAGAGGAUCUUCUGUGAACCAGCUAUUUUCUCUUAUUACCGAGCUCAAGAAUACACUGCGAGACGAGCUACCCAACCUUUAUGCAAUCACCAUGUCAUUAUUGGCGCAGGAUACGCCUUUAGCCCAGUCAAAGAGAGUGCAGCUAUUGACAGCGACUAUUCAAAUCAUUAUUGCAUCUGGGGACGAACCGUUUCAGGAGGCAGCAAAAUGGGUCUUCAACCGUACUCCGCCAGGAUUCAUGGGAGAGUCCGGAGAUGCGCCGGCUGAUGACUUUGAUGAAAGUGCAAUUGAAAGCUUCUAA